AUGGCAGGAUUACUCUUCUUGUUCUUCAUUUUCUUCGCCUUGCAUAUCAUUUCAUCAUCUGCCACGACAAACUUUAACGUCUUAAGUUAUGGAGCCAAGCCAAAUGGAGUAACCGAUUCAACCAAGGCCUUCCUCGAUGCAUGGGCUGCAGCCUGUGGCUCUACAGAUUCAACCAUGAUUUAUAUGCCUAAAGGAAGGUAUUUGCUCGGCUCUAUGGUCUUUACAGGUUCUUGCAAAAGCCCUGAUAUCACCAUUCGGAUCGAUGGAACUCUGGUGGCUCCAGGGGAUUAUCGCAUUCUUGGUCAAGCUGCCAAUUGGCUUAGCUUCGAAGGAGUUGCUGGCGUUUCCAUUGUGGGUGGAGCACUUGAUGCUAAGGGUUCACCCUUAUGGGCUUGCAAAGCCAAAGGCAACAAUUGCCCCAGUGGAGCUACGUCACUGAGCUUUACGAACUCCAACAACAUAAAGAUAAAGGGUUUAUUGUCAUUAAACAGCCAGAUGUUCCACAUUGUGAUCAAUGGGUGCCAAAAUGUGAAUGUUGAAAGGAUCAGUGUAAUAGCUGAUGGAAACAGCCCAAACACAGAUGGUAUUCACGUCCAAUUAUCCAGCAAUAUCGUUAUCAUGAACUCCAAGAUUAAAACUGGAGAUGACUGCAUCUCCAUCGGCCCUGGCACUCAGAACUUGUGGAUCGAAGGAGUCAAAUGCGGCCCUGGUCAUGGCAUUAGCAUUGGAAGCUUGGCUAAGGACUUACAAGAGGAAGGAGUUCAAAAUGUAACAGUCACAAAGACAGUUUUGGCAGACACCCAAAAUGGAUUUGGGAUAAAAUCAUGGGCUAGACCAAGCAAUGGAUUCGUUCAAAGGGUUCGAUUCAUAGGUGCUAUUAUGCAAAAUGUUCAAAAUCCCAUUCUCAUUGACCAACAUUACUGUCCUCACAACUUAAAUUGCCCUGAUCAGGUAUCGGGUGUAAAGAUUAGCGAUAUAGUUUAUCAAGGCAUUCGUGGUACAUCAGCCACUGCAAUAGCAAUAAAUUUUGAUUGUAGUUCCAAAUAUCCAUGCAGUGGGAUUAGCUUACAGAAUGUAAAUUUGACCUACUCAAAUCAGGCAGCUCAAUCAUUAUGUGCUAAUGUGCUUGGAAAGACAAUUGGUCUAGUUCAACCUCAUGGCUGUUUGUAA